AUGUUUGCGGAGGUGAUGAAUUUGAUUCCGCCCGAGGAGAUGGAGGAGGAGGAGAAGGAGAAGGAGAAGGAGGAGGAGGAUGAUGAUUCAAUGGACAAUUCGAAUAUCGACGAAGAGAGUAACACCACCGGAGACCAAGGGGAUAAUAAUGUGGUGGAUUCAACAGCUCCGCCGGAAACUUUGAACGCCCUCGGACUGCCCGCACAAAAUAUGGCAACUGGACGAUCGUACGACUUUUCUCCACUGGAUAAAGACUUUCAAAUACCGGCUUCUGGACAUUUUCAUGAGGGAUUUACGAUGUAUGAUAUGGAUGCACUUUUGAGGUUUUGA